CCAUCUUCCCGUCUCUCAAAUAUUAUUGGCCGAGUCGUGUACAUUCCCUCCAUCAUAUGUGACGAGCUCAGGUGCCGACACCAACCAUGGCCUCCACAGUACCGGCCACACAGCCGCCAAACCAGCAGGAAUAUGCCGGAGACGAGGUGAACGCCCUGAUACUCGAUGCUGGCUCAUACACAACGCGCGCCGGGUUUGCAGGCGAAGACACCCCGAAAUCCGUCACACCCAGCAGCUAUGGUCUGCUCUCCUCCGGCGAGAAGGUCUUUGGCGAGAAUGCAAUCCACCUACCCCGGCCAGACAUGGAGAUCAGGAGUCCGUUUAACAGCGACGGCAUCGUUGAAGAUUGGGAGACGGCGACCAAAUUGUGGGAAUACAGCAUCACAUCGAGAUUAACAGGCUCGCGACAGACACCGCCGAGCAAAAACGGGCUGAACGAUGACAAGGAUGAGAAUGGAGACACGAGCAUGGCCGAAGCUGAGCAGACGGAGGAGCAAGAGAGGGUGCUGGGAGAAUACCCUUUAUUGAUGAGCGAACCAGGGUGGAAUCCUCAAAAGGCGAGAGAAAAGACGAUUGAGAUCGCCAUGGAGGAGUGGGGUGUGCCUGCUUUCUUCUUGGCUAAGACGGGACAACUAGCAGCAUACUCACAAGGAAAGCCUACAGCGCUGGUUAUUGACAUCGGCCACCACAACACAUCUGUUACAGCACUAUGGGAAGGCAUGGUGCUGAAGAAGAGCGUACACCACACUCCACUUGCCGGCUCAUGGCUGAACGACCAAGUCCGUCUGAUGCUUGGAUCUCUCACCCCUCCAGCACCUCUCACCCCUUACUACAUGGUCAAGUCAAAACAACCAGUCGAUGCCGGCGCGCCCUCAAACGCCGUAUAUACCACCUUCGACAAGCCGCCUGCCGCCUCUUUCCGCGCUCUUGAAGAAGAUCGAGUCCUCACAUCCUUCAAAGAAUCUCUCGUUCAAGCCUGGCCUGGCCCUGCCCGGCUCGAUUCUCCUGCAGGCGGAGGUGGCUUCACCAACGCCGAUCACGCAAAACAACUCCCUCCAAAACCUUUCGAAUUCCCGGAUGGAUGGAAUCAAGUCUUCGGGAUCGAACGUUACAAGGUGGCAGAAGGCCUGUUUGACCACAAUGCCGCAUAUACCGAUUCGGAACACGCCGCACCGACAGGCGAGCAAACCAUCACCUCCAUUGCCAAGCGUGCUUUGGACGCCGUAGACGUCGACGCCCGGCCUCAACUGAUGCACAACAUUGUGCUCACAGGUGCCGGUAGUCUGAUUGACAAGCUUCCUGAGCGACUCCAAUCAGAUCUGCAAGCGCUGUAUCCGAACCCCAAGAUUCGUGUGAUUGCGAGCUCGAAUUCUGCGGAGAGGAAAUUUGGCUCGUGGAUUGGAGGGAGUGUGUUGGGGAGUUUGGGCACGUUUCACCAGAUGUGGAUUUCGAAGGGAGAGUAUGAGGAGUUUGGCAAGAGUAUUGUGGAGAAGAGAUGCAAGUGA